AGCAGGGCGGCGAUGAUGACCGGCCAAUUGGACUCAUAGACCACCUCAUAUAGCUAGAUUCACACCUCUCCGGUCCACUUCUCUCACACACAACCGCGCUUCAUUAACCACCGUGGACCGGGAAUGGAUUCUAGGGUCCUGAUUGAACCGGGGGUCCCCACACCGGACUCCACCGCCCGGGCGCCCUGGAACAUCAGCUCCAUCAGCCCACACCGGCUUAUGGAGCUUUCCCCUGUCCCUACAGCUGGAUCACUGGUUCCAAGCCACCCAUUUCCAACGGUAGACGUCCCUGACCACGCUCACUACACCAUCGGUGUUGUCAUCUUGGUUGUGGGCAUCACAGGCAUGCUGGGAAACUUCCUGGUCGUAUAUGCUUUCUGCAGGAGCCGGAGCUUGAGGACACCAUCCAACAUAUUUAUCAUUAACUUGGCAGUCACAGACUUCCUCAUGUGUCUCACUCAGACACCCAUCUUCUUCAUCACCAGCAUGCACAAGCGAUGGAUCUUUGGAAAGAAAGGUUGUGAGUUGUAUGCCUUCUGCGGAGCACUGUUUGGUAUCUGCAGUAUGAUGACACUGAUGGUGAUUGCGGUGGACCGGUAUGUGGUGAUCACCAGGCCUCUGGCCUCCCUGGGGGUGAUGUCUCGCAGGAAAGCCCUGAGCAUUCUGGCUGCUGCCUGGGUCUACUCCGUAGGCUGGAGCCUGCCCCCCUUCUUCGGCUGGAGUGCAUAUGUCCCAGAGGGUCUGAUGACGUCUUGUUCCUGGGACUACAUGACGUUUACCCCGUCUGUCCGCUCCUACACCAUGCUGCUCUUUACCUUCGUCUUCUUCAUCCCUCUCUUCAUCAUCAUCUUCAGCUACUGCUGCAUCUUCAGAGCUAUCAGACACACGACGCGAGCGAUAGCAAAGAUCAACAGUCAGGGAACCAGAGACUCUGCAAAGAGGUUCCAUAAGAUGAAGAGUGAAUGGAAGAUGGCCAAGAUCGCACUCAUCGUCAUCCUGCUAUUUGUCAUCUCCUGGGCCCCUUACUCCUGCACGGCCCUCACUGCAUUCGCUGGGUACGCAGACUUGUUGACUCCGUAUAUGAACUCUGUUCCUGCUGUGAUCGCCAAAGCAUCUGCGAUCCACAACCCCAUCAUAUAUGCCAUAACACACCCCAAAUACAGGUCAGCACUCAGCAGGUAUAUUCCCUACCUCGGGGUAUUGCUGUGUGUUACUGGCCGAGACCGUUUCAGCAGCAGCAGUUUCCAGUCCACCCGCCGAUCAACCCUCACCAGCCAAUCAGAGUCCAAAGGCCCCAGCAAGCCCCGCAACUCCUCCCUGUCUGAUAGCGAAUCAGCCCACUUCUCAGACACGGAGGAGGACUGCUCGUCUCGGGCACCCGUCAUUCGUCAGUUGUCUGGCGAUGUGAAACAGGUGCGCCAUGCCAGCCAGAGGUCAAAGGUGAGAGGUCACAACACGGGAGAGUUUGAGAGAACCGCUGCACACAACCCCACUGACCCGGCCAUAUGUCACCUCUCACAGAUCACAACUGUGACAGAGCCUGAAGACAUCUCCAUGUCGGACAUCAGUCUGCAGCCAACCAGUCAUCUGCCAGCUACUCUGGAUAACGUGAUGGAGGAGUCUGGGCCAAGGACUGCGUGUAAGACAUCACCCGUCGUUGUAACCUCCAUUUCCAGCCCGUCGAUACUGCAUAGUCCCCCAGGUUUCCAUGGCAGCCUCAAAUUGACCAAAACAUACAGCCCAGUUGCAAAGGAGUCCCUUGACAUAGCCAGACUGGAGACAACAGCAUUACCCUAAACAGCUGGACAGAAGUGCAACAGCAGUGUGUAACCGUGUGUCUGUGUUUCAAUAUUUCCCUCCCUGGGACUUUUCUGUACCAGCAUGUUGUUUGCUAGUUAUGCUAAAUCAAGACCAGAGCAUGCCCUUUAUUCAUCUGUCUUUGCAUAC